AUGGCUCCAAAUCAAGACAUUGGUUGGGAUUAUGCUACUCCAGUUGGUAAUGACAGAAAGGUUGCAAAGUGUAAUUAUUGUGGUAAAAUUGUACACGGAGGAAUUACAAGAAUGAAACAACAUAUUGGACAUGUAGCAGGACAAGUAGAGGCAUGUCCGGCAGCUCCAAGAGAUGUAAGCGAGCUUUUAAAGAAACACUUGAAAGAAGGUAAGAAUGCAAGAGCUGCAACACAAAAGAAAAAAGAAUCAUUGCUUUCGUCCAUCAAUCUACUAAAUGAAAAUGAGGAUGAUGAAGAUGAUAAUGUUUUCGAGCUUAAUGAAGAAGAAAUUGAAGUUUUGGAAAGAAAGCAAUAUAAGCGAGCUAUGGAAGAAAGUAGAUACAUGAGAUUUAUGGAAGAGCAACGUAGGCAUUCUAUAUCUGGAGGUCAGCCAACUAUGGAUUUUACAUCUGGGAGUACCAGUUCAAGUAUGCCGAAUCUAUUGUCCUCUAGAAAUAAAAGAGCUUUGUCACAGAGUUUUAAACUCAAGGAAGGAGUUUUGGGGCCAAAAGGAGUUGAUCCAUACAUGUUUCCCUCAAAAAAUAAGUCAAUAAAAACUGAUAGUGGUCCUUAUUAUCAAUCGAUGAUUGACACAAUUGCUAGUGCUGGAACUGGAAUUAGAGGGCCAACAGGUAAACAAAUUGGAGGUGAAUAUUUGAAUGAGGAGAUGACAGAUGUUGACCAAUACAUUAGUUCCAUUAAACAUAAAUGGAAAACAUAUGGGUGCACAAUCAUGUGUGAUGGGUGGAGUACUCGGACAAAGCAUCCAAUCAUUAAUUUCAUGGUGUACUGUGAUAGAGACAUGAUAUACCACAGCUCUAUCGAUUGUACAAACAAGGUAAAGACUGCAAACUUUGUCUUAUCCUUAAUGGAUAAAGUUGUGGAUUCCAUUGGAGAACAAAAUAUUGUACAAAUUGUCACUGAUAGCGAAUCUAGCAUGAAGGCAGCCGGAGAGCAACUGAUGAAGAAAAGGAAGCAUUUGUUUUGGUCACCAUGUGCUGCACAUUGCAUUGAUUUGAUGCUAGAAGACAUUGGUCAGAUGAAGUCAAUAAAGGAUGCUAUCAAACAAGGUAAGAGAAUUACCAGUUUUAUAUACAAUAGUGACAAAGUGGUCAACCUAAUGAAGACAUAUACAAAUCAUAGAGAGUUAUUGCGACCCGGCAUAACAAGAUUUGCUACCGAGUUCAUUGCAAUGGAAAGUCUUCUUUGUCAUUCUACCGAAUUGAAACGAAUGUGUACUUCAAAUGAGUGGCAGGAGUAUAAUAGCAGUUCUAAAAGAAGGGAAGAAGCUGCUGAAGUGUCUGACUUGAUUUUGUCAGAAAGAUUUUGGAAAAAGGUACGACGGGUAUGUGCAAUCAUGGAGCCGCUAGUGAAAGUUUUAAAAGUGAUUGAUCAGGAUAAAAAACCAACACUACCCAUCAUAUAUGAGGCAAUGGAUAGGGCUAAAAUGGCAAUCCAAAGUGCAGUGAAAGACUAUGAAAAGUAUUGGGAUAUCAUUGAUGACAGAUGGUAUAGGCAGUUACAUCGAAACUUGCAUGCAGCAGCCUAUUUCUUAAAUCCCGCUCUUCAAUAUUCCGGCACUUGUGAAUUUAACACGUCUGAAGUUAGAAGGGGAUUGAAAGAAGUAAUCAAAAGGCUUGAACCAAAUUUAGAAGUGCAAGCAAAAGCAAUGAACGAGAUAAAUACAUUCGUGAACAAAAUUGGAGAGUUUGGAAGUGCACUUGCAAUUAAGGUAGUAGCUGCAUCUUUACCAGCUGAAUGGUGGAAUAUGUAUGGUGAAGAAGCUCCUAAUUUAAGAAAUAUUGCAAUUAAAGUUCUAAGUCAAACUUGUACAUCAUCUGGCUAUGAAAGAAAUUGGAGUACGUGGUCUUUGAUACAUACAAAACUUCGAAAUCGAUUGGCAAUUGAAAAGUUGCACAAGUUGGUAUUCGUGCACUACAACAUGCGGCUUAGAGUGAAGAAUUUGAUGUACAAAAAUGACACUGAUGAUUUUUAUGAUCCAAUUGAUUUAAAUCACAUUUUUGAUGAAAAUGAUAUAUUAGAUGAGUGGGUCCGAGAAAAUGAGCCGUCAUUGAUUCAUGAAAAUGAUUUGAGUUGGUUGGAUAAGGCCAUCAGUGAAAGUGAAGGGAGAGAACAAAGUCAUGAUAGUGAUCAUGAUAAUGAUAUGCCUUUGUCCCAAUUCAUAACUGGUAUGAAAAAGAAACAUAAGGAGCGAGCAUCUACGAGCAAAAGCAAGGGUAUUGGGAAGAAAAAAGUUAUAUCAAAAUCCAUUUCAUCUUCCUCUACCAAAAGUUCUAGCAGUGAAAAAGAUGACAGCAGUAAUGAUGAUGAUGAUGGAGGAGCGAACAUGAGACAUUCUCAACCAAAAAAUGUUUAUGGUAGUGGUAGUGGUGGUAACUAUCAUGAUAGCCAAUAUACUGGUGGCAUGUCAUGGGGUCAAGGAGAUGAUAACUAUUAUGCUACUCAAGACACUGAUCAUGGAUAUCGUCCUGGUAUAGAAGCACAGCGGCAAUAUUUGAGCAAAAUAACUGAAUUUUCAAGUGAAGGUGACUCUUCUUACAACUCAAAUUCUAGGAGAUAUUCUGAAUUUCAUGAGCACAUGCAAGAUUUAAAUGUAGGUCAUUCAUAUGGAGUCUAUGAUUCUGGUAAAAGUUUGGGUACUAGGUGGUCAGGACAUGAAUUUGAGCGAUCACUUGCAGGCUCUAUUUCUUAUUGCUCUGAAUACGGAUCAUAUGGUGGACCUAGCCAUCUUCAGAGGUCCACUAGUGUUUCUACUGGAUCAUAUGGUGGACCUAGCCAUCUUCAAAGGUCCACUAGUGUUUCUACUGGUGGAUAUUAUAAUCGGCCAACUGGAAUACAUCAUGACGAAUCUGCAUUUGAUUCACGUAGCAUUGGUUAUUAUGGACACAACUAUGGUUCAUCCAGUAGCACCAAUGAUAGUUUACACUAUCGAGGGUUCAGUUACUACCAUAGAGGUGACGAAUUUGGAUCAAAUCCACCACCAUUGCCACAUUUUAAUCAUGGUUCAUCUAGUGCGUCAUCAAACUUAAGAGAUGAACAAUAUGGUUCAUAUAUUUCUUCCCAUUCACAUGAAGAAAAUCAAAUGCAAAUGCCAUAUUCUUACUCUAAUCGGUCGGAAGAUGAGCAUGAUUUUGAACCUCCUCGUCAUUCUACAUGGCACUAA